AUGGCGACCGUCACACCCACCAACCCCAACGCAAUCAUCGUGUCUGAAAUCCCGCCGCCGCCGCCCAAACCGUCGCAGCCCCUCACAAACGCUCCGCGCCUCGGCAUGCCCUUCGACCGCCGCCUGCUCCUCACCACCUUCACCUCGUUCGUCUGCGGCUUCACCCUCGGCAGCGCCUCGGCCGGCUCCAUGGCCGCGCUGCGCUUCCGCGCGGAAAACGCCCACCGGCUGCCCAUCUCCCAGCCGGGCUGGUAUCUGUACCACAAGAGCAAGAACUACUACAAGAUGAAGCACGGCAUCACAGAGGGGCUGCGCAAGGGCUUCAUGGUCGCCGCGUGGAGCAGCGUCUUCUUUGUCGUCGAGGAGAGUCUGGACGUCUUCCGCGGCACGUGGAGGGCCGGCCGUACCAUCGAGGAGAUGGAGGGCGUGGACGAGCUGAGCCUCAAGAAAAUUGACCGUGGAGUCGCGAGCAGUAGGGACUUCCUCUCCAGCGGCAUGGCCGGCAUGGUCACGGGCGGUGUGUGGAGCGCGUGGCACCAGUUCCCCGUCAGCACGGCGGCGCGGACGAUACGAAUGGGGCUGGUGGUCGGCCUGGGCUAUGGAUUGGGCCAGGAUGCGCUGAUCUGGGCAAAGGAGAAAUAUGGCGGUGCGGAAGAGGGCGAGAGCUGGAUCUACAAGGGCGCGAAGAACAGGAAGAAGGAGGCUGGCGAGGUGGAGGCGCAGGCGUGA